AUGCAGAAAGUCCUGGGUGGUCACUACGCCUAUAUAGCGGCCAAAUCAGAGGUGGACACACAGAUGACCAGACAGUGCGGACUAGCAACCAUUGACGAGAAGUUCCUACAUAUGCAAUACGCAUUCGGGAUGCCCAAUAACUCACCCUACACUGAUAUAUUUUCUCUUAAAAUUUUGAAGAUUUUGGAGAGUGGACUUAUGAAUAUAUGGGAGAGAAAAUGGUGGGCACGACAGAAGUUAUGUUAUGAGGCGACAUGGGACCAGCGUAAGGUUAUAAAUCUAAUGGACGUACAGAGUGCUUUCUAUCUAAUAGGUAUAGGGAUCGUGUUGGCUAUACUGGUGUUCUGUUUGGAAUGGAUAUGCUUCAAAAUUAUCCAGACUAGGAAGAAACCACAACCUGUAAACUCACAAACUGCAGAAAUAUCAACAUUACCGGUGUGA